AUGAGGGCAACAGUUGAGUAUGAAGACCUCACACCAUCAGCAACAGCCAAGGCAGUGAGAUCAUUCAAGAUCUUCAGUCAUGACUCCUGGCCAGAGCAGAGAGACCAGCUAAUCGACUACGGUGGUGAAGAGUUGGAUUUCCUGCUGGACCACUUCUCUAUUGUGCUAACAAGAAAUGGCUGUGACAUUAAUCUGGCUAGAGAGGAGUACCAGUCCAUGAAGAUGUUCAUCGCGAGUAACUACGUGGACAAAUCCUCCCACAGCCUCUGGGAGAUGAUGUUAACCAAGGAGCCAUACAUCUCUGAUUACAAGAACAUUCUCCAUCUUGUGAACAUCAUGCUUGUCCUUCCUGUGUCAUCGGCUGUGUGUGAAAGGGGAUUCUCAGCACAGAGGAGGAUAAAAUCUGAUGUCAGAGGGUCCUUGCAUGUGGACACAGUGGAGGACCUGAUCAGAAUAAGUCUUGAGGGACCAAGCUUGGAGGAGUUUGAUGCCAAGGAGGCUGUGCAGAUGUGGUUUAGUCAGAGUAAAAGAGCUAGAAGGCCCAACUACAAGGGUUGGCCUACAGAGGUGCCUAGCCAUAGUGGCCCUCAAGAGGUUGAGUUCUAAAGGGAGGAAAAUGAGAUCCAUAUAAGAGAGUUCUUUGUUUACUUGUUUUGUUGUGGUCAUGCUGUAUGGACAGUAAGUUACAAGUUACUGACCACAUACUUGAUGCUUACAUUUGUUAAUUUAUUAUUUGGUGCCUCUGUUGAAGGAAGGCCUUUAAUUUACCGUAAUGAAGUUUUCUU